UUCUAUUCAAGCCUUUGGCCGCAGGCGCGCCGUUCUUCAGCAGCCUCUUUUCACUUUCGUUCUGCCUUUUGCAACUUUCUCCUUCGCCGUCUCCCCGCUGUCCUCCACGAUGUUUUCUCGCGCUAUCGUCUUCCUCACCCUCGCCCUCUCCCUGACUGGUCAGGGCCUAGCCGUCCCAGUUGCCUCGAACAUUGAUGCCCGUCAGAUCCCAGCUGAGCUGCCCACCAAGUCCAUCAAUGGCAACAUUGAACCAUUCAAGGUUCGCCGUCAGGUUCCCGUGGACGAGCCUGCUGCUGCUCCCAAUGGCAUCGUGGUGCCGUUCAACAAGCGUCAAAUCCCUGCAGAGCUCCCAACCAAGUCGAUCAACGGGAAUGUCGAACCCUACAAGGUUCGCCGUCAAGUCCCUGUCGAUGAGCCUGCUGCCGCUCCCAAUGGAAUCGUAGUGCCCUUCAACAAGCGCCAAAUUCCCGCUGAGCUCCCGACCAAGUCCAUUAACGGCAACAUCGAGCCAUACAAAGUUCGCCGUCAAGUCCCUGUUGACGAGCCCGCUGCGGCACCCAAUGGGAUUGUGGUACCGUUCAACAAGCGUCAAAUCCCCGCUGAACUGCCAACCAAGUCGAUCAACGGCAACAUUGAGCCUUACAAGGCUCGCCGCCAGGUCCCCGUGGACGAGCCUGCUGCCGCCCCCAAUGGCAUCGUAGUGCCCUUCAACAAGCGCCAAAUCCCAGCCGAACUGCCGACCAAGUCUAUCAAUGGCAACAUCGAACCCUACAAGACCAAGCGGGGAGUGCGCUACGAAACUAUCAGGUCCAUUGGAGGCGAUGAGAUCAUCGUCGAACUACGCGACGUCCCAAGCGAGAUUGCCGUCAGGUCCGUUGACGGUGAAAUCGUACCGUUGUGAUUAGUCUUGGAGAGCUUUCUUCCUUUCUCUUUUGUUUGAUUUGCACAACUUUUUUUGUUUUACCUUGUCGAAGGCAGACAUUCCUUUUAGUCGAUUAGCUACUGCAUUGAACACGGAUUGAGGUUUGGAAGGGA